GCUUAGUUGGCUUCCAUGGAUGUUCCUUCUAGGAAAUCCCAAAUUCUCUUCCUUUAUAUAUAAAAAUCAACUCACAUUUCGAUUUCAACAAAACCCAUCUCUCAAAAUCAUCAAUUUCUCUCAAUUUCAAUUUUCCCAGCUCAAAUGGUGUAUCCUAAACAAAACCCAGAACCCAAUUUCCACGAUUUCUUCCCGGCGAUGGCCGGAAAACUCGGAGGAGAAGGUCUAAUCGAAGAGCUCUGCAAAGGUUUCGAGCUUCUGAUGGAUGGAGACAAAGGAGUCAUCACUUUCGAGAGCUUACGGCGAAACGCAUCGGCGGUUCUCGGGCUCGGAGAUCUGACGGACGACGAUGUCCGGUGCAUGAUCGACGAAGGGGAUUUCGAUCGAGACGGUGCGUUGAAUCAGAUGGAGUUUUGUGUGCUCAUGUUUAGGCUUAGCCCUGAGUUGAUGGAAGCGUCACGGUGCGUUGUCACGGAGGCGAUAGAGGAGGAGUUUGGUGUUGAUCGAAAGCACCGGCAUUGAUGCAGAAACCUUCUUUGUUGGGCAGAGACUUUGACUGAUUUGUUUUUUCAAACUUUAACAAAUUGUAUCGGUUGUUGCGGUUCGUAUAAAUUGUUGGAUUAUUAUAAGAGAAACUGAUGUGGAAGAUCAUUGUGAACCAAGACGAAAUAUACUAAAGGAAAAUUCAAUUCUUCA